GCCCGCUCUCUCGUGCCAGAAGCCCGCGGAGGUGACGCCGGUGUGCAUCGCGCGCUCUCCCUGCCUCGCACUGCCGCGCGGCUCCUGCAGUCAGCUGUUGCGAAGGGGCAACCGACAACGGCGAGUGGUCACGCGGGAAGGCCGCCCCUGUUACCGGAGGGACCACUCGGUUCGAACGGCCGCGAUCCACGUCUUGGCAGAGGGCGAGCGACCGAUGCUACCGGCUGCAAUUUGACGGGAAAGGAACGCCGUCGCUUGGCACCUCCAGAAAGGUCAUCCGAAAGCUGACGGCGGAGCGCAUUCCGCAGUGAGUGUUGAAGCCCUGCUGCGUAAAGAGCGCGAGACGACAUUGCUUGAAGCACUGUUGCGGGCGAAUUUUCUUCUUCCUGGACGAGGCUGUCUGCAAGAAUUUCUUGAUCUGUUUCCUUCUGUCCGCAAACAACAAGAGCCAUUCCUAGACAGCUGUUUGCCAGAAUCUACCAAACGAUUUUCAGUCACGUCUGUCGCCCGCAAACAGUCUUGAGCACCGAUAACGUUCCAGCACUAAUCAGGACAAGGGCAUCGAGGCAUCUUUCGGUUCAUCCUGAGUCCUCGCCGCUUCUCGUGUCGUGCUUGCGGUUUGCGUGUCAUCAACUAAUCGUGCCGACUACUAUCCGAGGACCGAAUUGCAGGCACCGUGUCAUUUGACGACGUUUUUCGAGGCCUGUGAUAGCUCGUUUGUUUGUUUCGUCCUCCGACCCAGUGCGGGAUCUCUCCGCGCGGUGAAGCGCAUCCUGAAGGCGGCGGACCAAUCAGGGACUGCGCUUGGCGAGCCGCCGUCCUGCCGAGGCCUAUCUUUAUCCAGACGUCGCGCGCUCGCUGCUUCUGACAAAGAGUAUCCCGCGAAACGACCGUAAUAAGGAGCUCGAAGGAAAAGAGCCAGUGGCGCUGCCCGCCCAGAGAAGAGCUGCCGUCCGUCAGCCGAACCAAACCAUCAGCUGCAGCGGAUCGCCCCUGGAAACGUGUCCUACAAAGACGACCUUGAAACAGCCUCGGCCUCACUCUCUCCGCCGCAGCACCACCCCGAGCGAGCGUUGCCGCUUUCGGGAUCUCGCCGUAUCUUCUCGGCGCGCAAGAAGUGGGUUGAGCGGGCACCCCGAUAGAUCGGGCGCGCAGCAGUGAUCGGAGCGCUCUUCGCCGCACCAGCUUGCCCGAGCGUCGACGUCCGCGCGGUGUUUGUCCCAGCUAAAGCUGCGCGCGGCGCCUGCCAGCGGCUGGGAUUGCAUCGGACGCCGUGAGGCGAGCUUCGCUCCCGUUCGAGCAGCCUUCGACGCGACUGCGAUUGUCUUCUCCUCCGCAUCGACGACGGUGGUGGAUUCUGUGCAAAGCCGGUUUCUGUCUUGGUCAUUGUCGCCUCGACCAAGAAGGCCAGGCGCCGCCCGUGCGAGAAUCCGGAUCUCCUUUUUUCCCCAAGUCGUCGCCGAUCGCGUCUAUUCCAUACUCCCGAUAGUCGACCCAUCCCCCAUUGGGGCCACGUGCCAAGGUUGGGGCCCAUCGUCGCAAUCACGAUCACGCUCAUUGUCGGAGGACGCUGCGCGGCGAUGAAGCCCCGGAGCCUGUGCGGGUCGGCGCUGGCGCUGGCGCUGUUGCUGCUCUACCUGUGCGCGGUGCGCCAGGUACGCGGACAGUCCGGCACGCCGACAGGAAAGAAGCGCUCCGAGGACUACACCUACUUCAACCACGAGGAGAUGACCAAUUUCCUCAAGAAGGUCUCCACCAACUACCCGGACUUCACACGCCUGUACAGCGCUGGAAAGUCCGUGCAAGGGCGUGAGCUGUGGGUUCUGCUGGUGACGAAGGACCCCCAGGAGGAGACGCUGCUCAAGCCCAACGUCAAGUACGUUGCCAACAUGCACGGCAACGAGGCGGUGGGCCGGCAGCUGAUGGUGUACCUGAUCGCGCACCUGCUGACGCGUUACAACGUGGACCCGUACGUGCGCUACCUGCUGGACAACACGCGCAUCCACAUCAUGCCCAGCAUGAACCCCGACGGAUACGAGAUCUCCAAGGAGGGAGCCUGUACCGGCACGCUGGGACGGUACAACGCUCGUGGAGUGGACCUGAACCGCAACUUCCCGGACCACUUCAAGACGCAGACGCAGCAGCAGCAGCCGGAGACGGAAGCCGUGCGGCGCUGGAUACACCAGAUCCCGUUCGUUCUGUCCGGAAACCUCCACGGCGGUGCCGUCGUGGCCUCCUACCCGUUCGACAACUCGCCCAACGCUGUGUUCCACACGUACAACAAGCCUUCGGUGACGCCCGACGACGACGUGUUCCAGCACAUCGCCAGUGUGUAUUCCUUCAACCAUGCUAACAUGUACCUGGGCGCGCCAUGCUCCUCGGAUCGGCAGGCAUUCCCCAACGGCACCACGAACGGCGCAGCCUGGUACCCGCUCGCAGGUGGCAUGCAGGACUACAACUACAUCUGGGAAGGCUGCAUGGAAGUGACGUUCGAGAUCUCUUGCUGCAAGUUCCCGCACCGCCGCGAGCUGCCCCGCUUCUGGGAUGACAACAAGCAGUCGCUGCUCGCGUACCUUGGAGAAGUGCACAAAGGCGUGCGUGGCAUCGUAAUGGAUGACCGCGGUAACCCAGUGGUGAAGGCUUUCCUGCGUGUUUCCAAUCGCACUAUCGGCUUCAAGACCACGUCCAGAGGAGAGUACUGGAGGAUCCUCCGGCCCGGUCGUUACACGCUUGAGGUCUCCGCGCCGGGAUUCCACACGGCCAAGCAGGAUUUCAUCGUGCUCGAGCAGCAGAUCUCCAUUCUUAACGUGACGCUCAAGUCUUUACACGAGGAGACCGAUGAGCCCGAACAGCUGCAGCCCGAACCGGACUCGGCACAGAGUGCAGUGCCGCAGCCUACGGUUUCCGCUUGGAAGAAUAAGUACCGCAUUUCACGAUCUAUAUUCUCGGAUGAAGACUUCCUGCAUCCCGACUCUUCGGGGCUAAGCUUCUUCCUGGCGCCAUCGUCGCUUCAGAGAGCGCCUUCCAUGUGGAACUCCAUAAAGUCCGGCUUCGGAAACAUCUUCGGGAACUUCGGCUGAGUGAAUUCGCGAGCACCGCGACACGGCGGCCGCGAAAAGCCCGGCUGCGUGUCGAGCCGCGCUCGACGAGCGACAGCAGUGCGGGAAUUCGGCGCUCGCCGGGGCGCCGUCCUGCCCCAGUGCUCGGAGUGUGUUGCUCGGCGCGUUUGACGUCGCGUCACCGCUGCCGCCGCCCAUUUCUCGCCUUUCGGGAGCGCAACACGGCAGCCUUUUCGCAGCUGCGUCAGACUUCCGCGCAAGGUUCGCCAGCGUGCUACCCAAUCUGGAGGACCCUGUGUCACGAACGUUAGAGUUUGGUGCAAAUAUCUCCAAGUGGCCGCCGCCAGCUCCAAUCCUUUGUCCACCAGGCCGACCUAGUGUAGCCGGGGUGUUUGUUGAAAACAUGUUAGUGGCUAUUUUAUUAUUUCUUGUAAACAGGCCGUCGUUCGUUUACAUGAAACCGUUGUUUCACAGAGUAUGACGUUUGGCUUCGUUGGUAGCUUGUAACAGCAUUUUAGUCUUUAAUUUCAAAAAGUCAUUCAUCUAAAAGUUCAACUCAUUGAAGGAAUGACCAUUCCUCACUCUAAUCUGUUUCGCUGAAGGACAACUUAAAAAGAAAUAACGAUGGCUUCGGUGGCUACUACGUUUCUUCCUCUUCCUUUUUUCUUCACAUAUGCUGUCGAUGCCUUGAAGACAGUUGACUGGCCGCUCUCCGAGAUGAAAUUUAUGACCGCAGAGAAAGUUUAUGGACACAAUUUAACUUCCGAAAUAUAUGCUAAGAGGCCAUCACUGACUUUGAAGCAAGUAUUACCAAAGGCCACGCACCAAACCUAUGGUAAUGCACCUUUUACGGACUCAAACGUCGAAUUUCUUUCACGACAGGCCAUUGUAUGAAACUCUAUGGCCGGUUUUUCCGGCUCUCAUAAGUGCAACAAUCGCGUUUACCUUUCUCGUUUUCCUGCCCAGUGGCAGUGGUUCGCAAACCUCUAAGAGCUGGAUUCGCGUGCAGCAAUGGGUCGUAGUUCGUGACACAAUUCUUCGAUCAUAUGUGCGUUCCUCUAGAGGACAAUUUGAGUCGCAUACUGUUAUGUUUGUACGGUUAGAAUGCAGUCAGCGGUUUUAUCUUUGCACAACAUCUAUUCUUUUUUGUUUGCUUGCAGGCCACACAUCGCGCGUUGUGUGGGUCAGAGUUCUCAUGAUAAAGAGUGAAUCACCUUGUUACAAUAAAGAGAGAAGAAUCUCACCA